AUUGGGCCGUCUUAAGCUGGGCCGCGAGGAAGCUUUCUGCACCGCUGCUGGAAUGCACUGAAUUGGCGCUGCUGGCAUAGACCGGGUUGAUUGCACAAGCAGCAGCUGCCUUGGGGGUCUCUUCCCCUCGUUUUCAUUUGAAGAAAGAACCCAAAGCUAGGGCAAAGGUAAAGGUGAGAGAGGAAAGCUCCCAAUGUUCAAGCCAUUUAGCCAGUGCUUCAAACGUCACUGACCGGUGGAGAAGAAGAGCUGACCGGAGCUGCCACGUGGAUAGGAUCGACGGUCAGAGCAAAGCAAGGAAACAGAUAAACGGUAGCCGUCCGAUGAUGAAGAGAAGAAUAAAGCAUCACAAGCGCCAUUCUUAGCUCUAGGGAGUGAAUCGCGGAGGGUGACAGACUCCACGAACGAGUAUGUGAAGGGUGACAGACUUCACUCACGAGACUUGGAGAUCACGAGAGUGAGAGCGAGAGACAAUUCUUUAGUUUCAUAGAGUAGAGAGCGGCGGGUGACAGACACUGCGUGAUAGGUUUAUCGCUUUCAUGGUUUAUCGCGCUUUUCUUCGAUUCUAGAUUUCACUGAGUUGCGAGGGUGACAGGCCGUGAUUUUCGGUGAUUUCUGGUGAACUUAGUUGACCAGAGCUUGACAAUUGGCAGAAAAUUGUUUCGAAGUAUCUGUCUGGUGCGAUGGUUUACAUAACUGAGUGGGACAAAUUUGUGGAGCAAUCCAUUCAGUUGUUUCGUGCUGAUCCUGACUCUACACGGUAUGUCAUGAAGUACAGGCAUUGUGAUGGCAAGUUGGUACUUAGGGUCACUGAUAACCGGCAGUGUCUAAAGUACAAGACAGACCAAGCACAGGAGGCUAAGAAGAUGGAAAAACUGAACAAUAUGUUCUUUGCUUUGAUGGCCCGUGGUCCUGAUGUUGAUCUAUCAGAAGUCACUGGAAAAGAGCAAAUGGAUGCUCAACCAAGCAAGAAAGGAAGAGGAAGGAAGCAAUAACUUGCUCUUUGCGAGACAUGAUGGUUUUGAGUCAGAGGACUUUCUAAGAAUUUGAACAGUUAUACUUUUCCCGAUCUAAUUAUUACUUCUUCAGAUUCUAUGAUGAAAGUGGUUGUAUAUUGAAGUUUUGAAGUCUGAAUUUCUGAUCUUUUGGAAGUCUUGAGUAUUACAGAAUUUAGUUAUGCCACCAA